UCCACGUGCAAGACUCGUGACGUCACUAUCUAAUCAAAUGCGGUAAACGGUCCUUCCGGCGAGGCUCGUGUCUGUGUUCAGUAUGUGUUGUGUGGGGUGCAGGUGAAGCCCUCCACACCUCUGGAAUAAGUGCUCGCCUGCUGUCGUCGUGCUCCCGCGCAGUUUGAUGCGUGUCGCCUGGGCGGAUUGCGGCAUCGUGUGGCUCCGCCCUCGAUUACUCAGCCUGGGUCGACGUGCGCGUGAGCGCAGAAGCGUCCGAGGGAGGGAGAGCAGCGGAGCGGAGCGCAGAGCUGCUGUCGAUAUGGAACUGUAGACAUAUGCACGCGACCUCUGGAUGACAACACACACUUCACCGGGAGGAAGGAAGGGUAUAAACAGCAGGGUUUUUUCGUGUGUGUGCGCGCGCACGUGUGUGUGUGUUUCUCUCACUGCGAGAAGUUUUGGACGCGGAGUUGUGAAGAGUAUUUUCUCUGCUGGGCUGCCCGAGCUUGCCUGGCUGCCCUCCUGCCCCGGCCGGACGGACAGCCCCCCCGCCGGCUAGCCGCUGUCCUGCUCUCCCUCCUCCCGGCGAAUCAUGGCGCUCAGAGCCCGGGUGCUGUACGACUUCAACUCGGAGAACCCCGGGGAGGUGUCGGUGAGGGAGAACGAGGUGCUGACUCUGUACAGCGAGCAGGACAUCGACGGCUGGUUCGAGGGGUCGAACAGCCGCGGGGAGAGGGGGCUGUUCCCCGCGUCCUACGUGGAGGUCCUGCCGGACGACGUCGCCUCCGCGCUCAACAACAACAACAGCAGCGGCACAUCUGGGGACACUUACCCGGACUCCCCGUACGCUAACAUCCCGCCGGCAGGCUUCGACGGCUCGAAUAAGCAUCCGAAUAAAGUCGAGAACUUUUCCAGAACACCCGCGGUCAGUGUCGCCGCCGUGCCGGCCCCCACGCAGCAGCCCAGCCAGGGAAGCGACGACGACUGGGACGACGACUGGGACGACAGCUCGACGGUCGCGGACGAGCCGGGCACCGUGGGCGGAAGGUAUCACGACUUUGAGGGCAACGGGCCGUCCACGUACCGGGUGUCGACGUCCACCGCGGCGAGGGGAGCGCAGCAGGCCAAGAGCUCGACGGUCAGCAGGAACCUGAACCGCUUCUCCACCUUCGUGAAGUCCGGCGGGGAGGCGUUCGUGCUCGGCGAGGCGUCGGGCUUCGUGAAGGACGGCGACAAGAUCUGCGUGGUGCUGGGUCCGCACGGCCCCGAGUGGCAGGAGAACCCGUACCCGUUCGCGUGCACUAUCGACGACCCCACCAAGCAGACCAAGUUCAAGGGCAUGAAGAGCUACAUCUCCUACAAGCUGACGCCCACGCACACGCAGACGCAGGUGAACCGCCGCUACAAGCACUUCGACUGGCUGUACUCGCGACUGGUGGAGAAGUUCCCCGUCAUCUCGGUGCCGCACAUCCCGGAGAAGCAGGCGACGGGGCGCUUCGAGGAGGACUUCAUCUCCAAGCGCAGGAAGGGCCUCACGUGGUGGAUGAACCACAUGACGAGCCACCCGGUGCUGGCGCGCUGCGACGUCUUCCAGCACUUCAUCCGCUGCAACAGCGCCGACGAGAAGGCCUGGAAGCUGGGCAAGCGGAAGGCGGAGAAGGACGAGAUGGUCGGGGCCAACUUCUUCCUCACCAUCAGCACCCCGGCAGCGCCGCUCGACUUCCAGGAGGUCGAGAGCAAGAUCGACGGCUUCCGGGCCUUCGCCAAGCGGAUGGACGACGCCGCGCUGCAGCUCAGCGCCACCGCCAACGAGUUCGCCCGCAAGCAGAUCUCCGGCUUCCGGAAGGAGUACCAUAAAGUGGGGCUGUCGUUCAAGGUGCUCGGCCAGGCCUUCGAGAUGGACCAGCAGGCGUACUCCGCGGGCCUCAACCAGGCCAUCGCCUUCACCGGCGACGCGUACGAGGCCGUCGGGGAGUACUUCGCGGAGCAGCCCGGCAAGGACCUGGACCCGAUCAUGGACCUGUUGGCUCUGUACCAGGGACACCUGGCGAACUACCCAGACAUCAUCCACGUGCAGAAAGGAGCCCUGACAAAGGUGAAAGAGAGCCAGAAGCACGUGGAGGAAGGGAAGAUGGACCGGGCGCAGGCCGACGGCAUCGACGAGCGCUGCAACAUCAUCUCCUGCGCCACGCUGGCGGAGAUCCAGCACUUCCACCGCAUCCGCGUGCGCGACUUCACGGCGCAGCUGCAGCAGCACCUGCGGCAGCAGAUCGCCUUCUUCCAGAAGAUCACGGGCACGCUGCAGGAGGCCCUGCAGAAGUACGACGAGGCGUAGCGGGCGGCGGGGGUGGGAGGGACGGAGAUCGAUGGCCGCCCGCACCCGCCAGGGCCUCACACACGCCGGAGAGACGUUCGAGGGAAUGAUGCUCCGGGAAUAUCGGCAUUUCAACCGAAUCCCGGUUGUGCGUGUCGGCCACGUCAUUUGUUCGACUGGAUGAUCUUGUUCAGGAAAGGAGGUGUA